AUGUCUGACAAAAUCAGCAGAUUACGUAGAGACAUAGGUCGCAUGCAACAACUUUCUAAAGGAAACGAUAGUGAAACCCUUUUAAAGAAGAUAUCAGAAGACAUAACGACUAGAUUCCGUCAACUAAGCGGCCAAACCCAGAAAGACUUUGUUAUCGAUACUCUAGACUCAUUAAAACAACAGCUAGCAGUACAUACAGACAAACUCAAACGGUACAAACGAAGCCACCUACGACGGAUGCACAACGCCCAAUUCACCCAAAACGAGAGGUGUUUCUACCGCAACCUUGGAAAUAAGGCAAAUAAAGAAAACCCCCAACACCCAAAUGCCAUAGACUCAAACCAACUAAAUCAAUACUUGAACAACAUCUGGUCGUCACAAGGAGAGCAUCAAAUAAAUGCCACAUGGAUAAACCAGGAGCGUGAAAAACAUCAGAACGUAAGAAUGGAAGACACAAUAAUUACCCUGCGCAACGUUGAAAGUGCAAUCAAGAAAUUACCUAAUUGGAGAAGUCCAGGGCGUGACGGAAUUCACAACUUUUGGCUCAAGAAAUUUUCCGCUACUUACAACCACCUAGCGAGAGAAUUUACUGAAACUUUGAUUGACCCCAAUAAAAUGCCCGUCUUUCUAACGGAGGGAAUUACUCACCUUCUACCAAAAACGGAAAACCCAGAUAACCCUUCCCAAUAUCGACCCAUCACCUGCCUCCCAUCAAUUUAUAAGAUAUUUUCAAGCUGCAUUAGCAGUAAAAUAUAUACCUACCUGGUCACCAAUAACAUCCUACACGAAGAGCAAAAAGGUUGCAAAAGCAGGGCAAUGGGCUCUAAGGAACAGCUUGUAAUAGACUCGGUGGUUUUGGAGCAAGCCAGACAUAUCAAAAGAAAUCUCUUCAUGGGCUAUAUUGACUAUCAGAAAGCGUUCGACUCCAUACCAAACAGCUGGCUGUUGCAAGUUCUAGAAAUCUACAAUGUUGAUCCCAAAAUCUGCCGAUUCUUUAAAGAGACCAUGUCUUGA